AUGUCAUCGAAAUCAAAAUCAUCGAAAGGAAGUUCACGUUCGAAUAAUACAAUAUCGCAGUUCGAUCGUGGUCCCGUUCGAAUUCUUAAUCAUUCGUCACCAUUAAAACAAUCAGAGGUCAUCUCCUUACAACUACUAUUCUUUGCAUCGUUAGAAGUUCUUUCAUUAACAUUAACAAACAAUGAUUCAACAAAAUCACGUCCAUUAUUUCAAUUAUUAUUACACAUUUUAACAACAAGUGGAAUCCUUCCAUCAUCAAUGAAUAUCUCAGCCAUGGCUGUGAAUCAGUUAGAUUUUGUUAGGAAUUAUGUUCGAACUUUACAGGCAGCAAUUCAAACAGCUUUGAAUAUCAUUCAACAACCUCCAUCAACAACAGAUGGGCCGACGAUUGUCAGUAUGUUAGAGAGAGAUUUUGCCAAAAUUUUACUAACGACUCCAAUACCGCCAGUAACGCCACCUUCAAACAUAAGCAUCGACAUCCCUCAACCAGAUAUUCAACUGAAAGUUCCAUUACCGUUAGCUAUGAAUGGAACGGCUUCCUCAAAUGGUUUUGAUAAUAUUGUGAUAUUGCGGUAUGCGAGAGAUUUCUAUGAACUUGGAAGAAUAGGCAAAGGUGCUUUCGGAUCAGUCUUUCGUGCGAAAAAUCGUUUGGAUGAUUGUACUUAUGCAAUAAAGAAGAUUGUUUUCAAAGAUAAUUCAGAACGAACACGUCGACAAGCGGGUAUAGCAUUACGUGAAGUACGAGUUUUAGCAUCGCUAAGCCAUCCAAAUAUCGUUCAAUACCAUUGUGCGUGGCUGGAGUUAGUUCCCUGUGAAACAUCAUUGCAUCGACCGCGAUCAGCAUCACCACAUUUACAGAAACAAAAAUCUUUACCGCAUAAGUAUCAUUCAGAUUCAAUAGAUGAAUUAAUCGAAUUUAAACGCACGCUUUCGUCAGCAACGGAUGAUGAAAUGCAAUUGAAUCAUUCAUCAACAUCACAAGUUGAUGAGGAUACCAGUGAGACAUCGGAUUUGGAACAACAAAAUCAACCUUCUAAUACUCGUAGUCACCGUAAAUCUCAGUCAGAUGGUGCUAGUUCAUCUCUCAGCCAAUCGCAAGUCUUCUAUCAACGCUCGAUAUCUAAUGGAAGUUCAUCUAAUAAGCAACUAAUUCCAUUUCAAGCAGCUCAAAAACAACUUAUUCCAGCGGCGACUGCUCCAUCAGAGAACAUCAAUUCUCGACUUGUUCUUUUCAUUCAGAUGCAAUCGUGUGAUACAACUCUAUACACUUGGCUACGUCAUCGCGAUCAAGCAAUUAUUGACCAAACACCCGGUGUGCCCAAAGUAUUGAAUCAAUUAGGUCAAAACGAAUGUUGGCAUAUAUUCAAACAACUUCUAUCUGCAGUUCAGUAUCUCCAUUCUCAUUCACUUGUUCAUCGUGAUAUUAAGCCAAAAAACAUUCUUCUCUCAUACGAAGCAAAAGAUCAAUCAUCUGUUCAUGUUCGUUUAGGUGAUUUCGGUUUAACAACAAUAUUUGGUUCAGAACUCUCACCAAGUUCAGCACCACACUUUCAAAUGGACGAAUCUGCCGGUGUUGGCACACCUCUAUAUGCUCCACCUGAACAAUUGAAUUCCCGUCAUUGUAUUGCCACAUGUUAUUCCGAUUCAUACAGUUUAGGAAUUGUACUUUUUGAAUUAUUCAAUAUUUUUGGUACGGAAUCCGAACGAUGUCAUCUCCUAGCGGAUUUACGUGAUUAUAUGGAAGUGGGCAAAACAUUUGCAGCAAAUUAUCCAUUCGAGACAAGUCUUAUUGAACAACUAGUGCAGAUUGAAAGCGAAAAACGAUUGACUGUGGAUGAAAUUUUAGCGAAAUACUCUCAAGAGAUUCAACAACGAAUUCGAAAACGACAAAGCUUAACAAAACAGAUGAUUAUUGAUCAAUUGCAAGAAACCUUAAAAGAUAAAGACAAGAGAAUUCAAGAAUUAGAAUCGGAAUUAGAAAAAACUAAAACAUAG